UACUACGAAAUUGGACAUCCGGGACUCUUUCUCUUUUCCCUGGCCUUUCAAAAUGGCGGCUCAAAUCUCUAAGAAGAGGAAGUUCGUCGCGGACGGUGUCUUCAAAGCAGAAUUGAAUGAGUUCUUUACCCGUGAACUCGCCGAAGAUGGUUAUAGUGGCGUCGAAGUGCGUGUAACACCAACCAGAACUGAAAUUAUUAUUCUUGCUACACGGACACAAAAUGUUCUAGGUGAGAAAGGUCGUCGUAUCCGCGAGUUGACAGCUGUUGUACAAAAACGGUUCAGUUUUCCCGAAGGUACAGUCGAGGUAGGUACUUUGAAACAAAAUAUGUCAACGGAUAGAAAACAUCGUAGUUG